GUCUAUCUCUCUCAAAACACAAAUAACGGGGCCUAUAAAACAUAGUUGUAUGGGCUCACUUGUUAAUGGGCCUGCAAUUGCAUGAGGCCGUAAGCAAAAAUAUGCGCGGGAACAUUUUUGUACAAAACAGUCAAAACAAACGUCACACGUACCGCACGUGCCAUCAUCCCUCCCGUUCUCCAUUUCCCCCCAAAUCUCAAAUUCUCUCAACCCCUAGCCUUCUUCUCUCUCCCCAGAUUCACAGCAUUCGACAAUGCCGGAAGAUUCCGAACCGCGUCAACUCGGCGGAGGAGAGCUAAUAUCUCUUGGACUCACCGAGUCAGACGGCGACGAUAAUCUCUAUCACCGAUUCGAUAUCUCCAAAGCAUAAGCAUAUUAGAGAUAAUUAGGAAGAAGAGAAGCUACAGCUCUCGCCAUUGCCAAAAAGAAGCUGAAUCGAUGAAGGCUUCGUGAAUUGUAAGUUAAGAUCAGUGGACAUUGUGGAGGAUACUGAAGAUAAGCUUGCCCUGAGUUGUAACCCAUCAAAGCAAGAGGAACACGCUGUAGCAAUCUUCACCACUCCUGUCAAAGAGCUGCCUUUGAAGCCUUCCGCUACAACAGCUGAUUCGAAAGAGAUCUUUGUUACGGAAAACUCAGGAUCAGUGUAAAUCCUCUGGAAACAGCAUAGCAAAUUGAUGCACCCUCUUUCCCUCAGCUGGAGAUACGAUGUAUUCCCGAGUUUCAGCGGUGAAGAUGUCCGCAAAUCACUCCUCAGCCAUCUUCUCAAGGAGCUCCACCGCAAAUCAAUCAACACAUUCAUAGAUCAUGGGAUCGAGAGAAGCCGCCCGAUCGGCCCCGAGCUUUUGUCGGCGAUUAGAGAAUCAAGGAUCUCAAUCGUCGUCUUCUCUAAGAAUUAUGCUUCUUCCAGCUGGUGCUUGAAUGAGUUGGUGGAGAUCUACAAGUCCUUUAAUGAGUUGAAUCAAAUGGUGAUUCCGGUUUUCUACAACGUUGAUCCUUCUGAAGUUCGAAAACAGACCGGAGAAUUUGGAAAGAUCUUUGAAGGGACAUGCAACGGAAAAACAGAGGAUCAGAAACAAAGGUGGAUGCAAGCUCUAGCAGAGGUCGCAAACAUGGCUGGGGAGGAUUCUCGGAACUGGAGUGAUGAAUCAAACAUGAUUGAAAGAACAGCCAACGAUGUUUCCAAUAAGCUUCUCAUUAUACCAUCGAAUGAUUUUGGUGAUUUCGUUGGUAUUGAAGCUCAUUUAGAAGCUAUGAAUUCAGUGUUGUGCUUGGAAUCUGAGGAUGUGAGAAUGGUGGGGAAUGUGGGGCCUUCAGGGAUUGGUAAGAGUACCAUAGCAAGGGCUCUUUUCAGCCAGCUCUCUAGCCAAUUCCAUUAUAAAGCUUUCGUAUCUUAUAAGAGAACCAUCCAAGACGACUAUGGGAUGAAGUUACGUUGGGAAGAACAGUUUCUAUCAGAAAUUUUAUGUCACAAGGAGAUAAAGCUUUUCCAUUUAGGUGCGGUGGAACAAAGGCUAAAGCACAAGAAAGUUCUUAUCGUUCUUGACGAUGUGGAUGAUAUAGAGCUAUUAAAGACCUUGGUGGGACAAACUGGAUGGUUCGGGCUUGGAAGCAGAAUUGUUGUGAUAACUAAAGAUAAACAACUUCUCAGGCUUCAUAAGAUUGACCUUGUCUAUGAGGUUGAUUACCCAUCUGAAAAUCUGGCUCUACAGAUGUUUUGUCGAUGUAGUUUUGGGCAAAACUCUCCACCUGAUGGUUUCAUGAAGCUAGCUGUUGAAGUUGCAAACCUAGCUGGUAAUCUACCUUUAGGUCUCAACGUCUUGGGUUCCUCUUUAAGAAGAAAGGACAAGGAGGAGUGGAUGGAGUUGUUGCCUAGGCUCCGAGAUGGUCUCAAUGGGAAAAUUGAGAAAACGUUAAGAGUUAGCUACGAUGAGCUAGAGUACAAAGAUCAAGAAGUUUUCCUUUACAUUGCAUGUUUACUCAAUGGCCAAAAAGUCGAUUAUAUCAAGAACUUGCUCGGAGAGAGUGUUGGCAUGGGGCUGAGGAUGCUGGCUGAUAAGUCCCUCAUACGUAUAACACCAUCACGUGGAGCUGUAAACAUGCACAGCCUGCUUCAGAAGUUGGGUAAAGCAGAGUCCAUUUACAAUCCCGGAAAACGGCGGUUCUUGGUGGAUUCUAAGGAUAUAUGUGAAGUACUUACCGAAAAUCUCGGCACAGAGAAUGUUUUAGGAAUGUAUUUCAACACAUCAGAGCUCGAGGGGGCGUUGUUUGUAAAUGAAGAAUCGUUCAAAGGAAUGCAUAAUCUCACAUUUCUAAAAGUUUGCAAGGAGUGGUCGGGGGAGAGUGGUGAAGGCAGAUUGUGUUUACCUCGGGGCUACGUUUAUUUGCCCCGUAAACUCAGAUUGCUAUAUUGGGAUGAGUAUCCGUUGACGUUUAUGCAUUUCAACUUUAGGGCAGAAAUUCUGGUUAAACUCACAAUGGAGAAUAGUAAUCUUGAGAAGCUGUGGGAAGGAGUCCAGCCACUUCGAAGUCUCAAGAAGAUAAGAUUGGAUGGAUCCACAAAGUUGAAAGAAAUUCCUGAUCUGUCAAAUGCCAUCAAUCUUGAAAAAUUGAAUCUGUGGGGAUGCACCUCUUUGGUGACACUUCCUUCCUCCAUUCGGUAUCUCAAUAAACUGAGGAAGGUAUCAAUGGAGGGAUGCACAAAGAUCGAGGCUCUUCCUACUGACAUCAACUUGGGAUGUCUUGAUUACCUUAAUCUCGGUGGAUGCUCAAGGUUGAGACGUUUUCCUCGAAUUUCGAAGAACAUUUCAGGGCUCAUUUUAGAUGGAACAUCAAUAGAUGAUGAAGAGUCGUCCUACCUUGAGAAUAUCUAUGGGCUUACUAAGCUCGACUGGAAUGGUUGCUCAAUGAGAAGUAUGCCUUUGGAUUUUCGCUCAGAAAAUCUGGUCUAUCUUACAAUGAGAGGUAGUAAGCUUGAGAUGUUAUGGGACGGAGUACAGUCACUUGGAAAUCUGGUGAGGCUGGAUCUGUCAGGAUGUGAAAACCUGAUUUUUUUUCCAGAUCUUUCAGAGGCCACCACUCUUGAUCAUUUGGAACUCAACGAUUGCAAAAGUUUAGUGGUACUUCCUUCUUCAAUUCGGAGUCUCAAUAAACUGACGCGGUUGGAAAUGCAAGGAUGCACAAAGCUAAAAGUUCUUCCAACUGACGUCAACUUGGAAUCUUUAAAGUACCUCGAUCUCAUAGGAUGCUCAAACUUAAAAAGUUUCCCUCGGAUUUCAAGGAACGUAUCAGAGCUCUAUCUCAACGGAACUGCGAUAGAAGAAGACAAAGAUUGUUUCUUUAUUGGGAAUAUGCAUGGGCUCACCGAACUCGUUUGGAGUGAUUGCUCGAUGAAAUAUUUACCUUCUAGCUUCUGCGCAGAAUCUCUCGUUAAAUUCUCUGUGCCAGGUAGCAAGCUUGAGAAGCUUUGGGAAGGAAUCCAGUCGCUUGGAAGUCUGAGGACGAUAGAUUUGUCUGGUUGUGAAAGUCUAAAAGAAAUUCCAGAUCUUUCAACGGCCACCAAUCUCGAGUAUCUGGAUCUCACCGAUUGCAAAAGUUUGGUGAUGCUUCCGUCAUCAAUUCGGAAUCUCAAGAAACUGGUGGAUUUGAAGAUGGAAGGAUGCACAGGGCUCGAAGUUCUUCCCAACGAUGUUAACUUAGUAUCUCUUAAUCAGUACUUCAAUCUCAGUGGAUGCUCACGGCUGAGAAGUUUUCCUCAGAUUUCAACGAGUAUUGUAUAUCUCCAUCUAGACUACACUGCAAUUGAAGAAGUCCCUUCUUGGAUUGGGAAUAUAUCUGGCCUCAGUAGACUAACAAUGAGAGGUUGCAAGAAGUUGGAGAAAGUCGCGUCAAACAGUUUUAAAUUGAAAAGUCUUCUGGAAAUAGACUUUUCAGAUUGUGAAGGGGUCAGAACUUUCAGUGAUGAUGCAAGUGUGGUGACAAGCAACAAUGAAGGUCACCAACCAGUGACUGAGGAGGCUACCUUUCAUCUUGGACACUUAACAGCAAGUGAAAAGAAUUGUGCAUCUCAUUCGUUUUUCAAUCCAGUGAGUUGCCUGAAAUUCCAAAAUUGCUUCAAUCUGGACCAAGAUGCACGGAAACUCAUCCUACAGUCAGGUUUCAAGCAUGCAGUCUUACCAGGUAAGGAAGUUCAUCCGUAUUUCAGGGAUCAAGCCUGCGGAACUUCGCUAACAAUUUCUUUGCAUGAGAGCUCUCUUUCUCUACAAGUGUUGCAAUUCAAGGCUUGCAUCUUGGUUGAACCUCCAACUGGCUACCCCAGGAAUCGUUAUGCAUGCAUUGGGGUAUGGUGGUACUUUAGAGGCACAAGAAACAUCCAUAACGUUUGCAUUGACGUUAACCCGUGUAACGUGGCUCAUCUAGUUGUGUUCCACUUCGAUUUAUGUCUUCCAAAAGAAGUCAACUGUCAUCCAUCUGAACUGGACUACAACGACAUGGCAUUCGAUUUUGAGUCUAAGUCACAGCAUAGGAUAAAAGGAUGCGGAGUACGGCUCAUAAUUGUAUCUCCAUCUAAGGAUGGUAGUUGUACAAGCUCGGAAACUCAGUACAGACAACAGUGUGGAGAAAGUGACAUGGAGAAUGGGAGAAGCAAGAAGCGAUUGUGGAUGGCAUUGACAUCGGAAAAACCUUCCAAGUUACUACGUGGCGAAGACACACUCGUAUGCGAUAUUCACAAAUCCAAAUUUGGAGCUUAUUAGAAUAAUGGUUUACGUUUGGUUCAAUGUAAAGUUGGUUAGCUCAUUCCAGUUAACUCAAGUCUAUAUAAAGACUUGUGCAUUGUAACAGAGCGUUAAAGCUGAAUAACAGAAUCAUUUCAUCAAUGUAACAAACUUUCAUGGUCUCUCUCGUUACUCAGCUAACAGAGAUUUCCUUAGGGCAGGGUUUUAUUCAAGCAACUUUGAUGGCGAUGGAGCAUCGUUGUAUUUUGAUCCCAUGAUAAAGGAACAACAGGACUCAGAGACACCAUUCUGAUCCUUCGUCUCCACAGCUUAUAAAGUUGUUAAGUUGAAGGAGAACUUUUCAAGAAUGAGAAGCCUUAUACGACUCCAAGUCCAGAGCCUGAGGAUGUUUGUAAAUUCUUCUUUUGCAGGAGGCUAAGCGCUCUGUUCAAAGAUGUAAAUAGAUAUCUUCCAAUCAGAAAAGCCACAAAUUAAUCGAAGACAAUGAGGAGAAAAACGAAAUACAAACUCCCAAUGCACAGUCUGGUCCUGCUGUCGCUUCCAUGCCAUCAUAAAAUGAGUUCAGAUCAGUGUACUCGUGGAGGACAAUUUCACCACCCUGUAAGAGAGUUGCCGUUGAUGCCUUCUGCUACUAAUUAUGAUAGCUCUUUGGUACAGCAAACUCAGAUUCUGUGCAAAUCCUCGGGAAAUAGCAAAGCUACUCAGAAGUUUAACUGCGUACGAACUAAACAUCAGAAGGAUCAGUCAAAACAGAACACACUUCCAGAUUUUGAUUCUUACACUAUUAGGACGAAGUCUCAGGUUGAUAGCCGGAUGGAUCUUCACAGACGCUCUCAGUUUAUCUUCUAUCUUCAAUUGGAGAGGGAGCUGCUCAUCCUCGACGAACAGAUGACGUAAACAUCGCCCAAUAGACCUCCACAACCUGAUUUAGAGGAUCAGAGGCCACUGAAGAAGAAGAAGCCUGCAACAAUGUCAGAGGAUGCUAAAGCAUUGAGCAUGAUUAGACAAAUGUUCAAGCACUGCUUCUAACUUUUCUCCUACGCUCACACCCAUUACAUUUUCAUUAGUUUUUUUCUCCUGCACUUAUGAGUUUUGUAUUGUUUUAAUGUCAGUACUGAUCGUUAUGUUGGACAUGGCUAUGAUAACCGAGACCUGGAAGCCUGCUUUGACGAUAUCAUGAAGGAAGAGAGACGAAGUGCGAGAAUCGCAAGGGAGGAAGAUGAAAUGGAAGCAAAGCUGAUCGCAGAAGAAGAAGAGCGAGAGAGACAGAGGAAGUUGCUGAGGCGUAAGAAAGUUAGAAGAAACAAACCUUUUGAUCAUCUUUGUCUUCUUUUUUAAAUAUAUGACAAGUUUAAUCUUUAGUGCUUCUCUCAUUCAAAUCUUUUUGGAGAAUAGUGUGUUCUUGAAACUGUACAAUUAGAUAAUAAUUAUAUUUAUUGGGUCACUCGAGGAAUCUGUUGGUGACCUUCCAAGUUGGUGAAAACCUGAUUAUUUUCUAUGUGUAAAACCAGAGAAUGAAAAGAGAAAAGAAUAUAUCUUUAUUCA